AUGUCCCCGACGAAACGUCCAGUGAACGAAUCGACCCGCUCCCGGUACAACCGGUGUAACAACAUGUACUAUCAGGUCCUGGCCCAGGCCGCGGAUGUGGCGGCUAUGCCUCCAUUCGAUGCGGUCAGGACAAGACUGGAGAGGAAGAGGGCCAGCCUCAUGCCCCCCAUCCCCAUUAACCUGCAGGACGUGGCCGUGGAGGGGGAAUGGGCCGAGACGUGGGAUGGCGAGGACUUCCUCACUAAACACCAUGAAGUCCAUGGCUUUCUGGUGUUCACCACGGAGGGCAACUUAAACAAGUUGUCCCAGUGUCGCCAGACUGAGGCCAUGUACCGUGCUUUGUUGAGGCACAUAAAAAGAAGGAUUCUGCGUCUCACGGGACAACGAUGGAUGCCAGAUAGAGUGGUCACAGACUUUGAGAUUGCAAUAAUGGAGGCAUUUCGGGCAGAGGUGCCAACAGUCCACACCUCGGGCUGUUAUUUCCACUUCUGCCAGAGUUUGUGGCGCAAGAUCCAGGAGCUUGGCCUGUCAGCUCCAUACCGGCAUAACAGGCAGCUCAAAAAGUGGAUCAGGAAGGCCAUGGCGGUGGGCUUCCUUCCACUAGCCUUGAUGCGGCAAAAUUUCCGCAUAAUGAUCACGUCGCGACAUACGACGCGGCUGUUACGUGCGCACCCAGCACUGGAUGAUUUUAUCCAGUACAUUGAGCAGACGUAUGUGGGAGACAACGCCCUCUUCCCCCCAGCUGUCUGGAAUGUUUUUGGCCGUGGGUCCGAUAAUCGGACCAACAACCGCGUGGAAGCUUUCCAUCACAGAUGGAACACAGGUGUUGAGCGGCGCCAUCCGUCACUCUGGGUAUUCAUCCGCCGGCUCAAGGAUGAGCAGCGGCGCCUGGAGACCCAGUGUGGGAUAGCCGAGCGUGGCGAUCCUGCACCUCAGCAGCGGAGGAAGUGGAGGAGGCUGGACGAAAGGCUUCAGCGGCUGCGGCGACAGUACCGCAGAGGAGUUCGUACACUGGACGCGUACUGGGAGGCUGUCCAGUACUGCAUGGUUCAGUUCGAGUAGGCCUAAAGUGGAUUAGCCGGUUUUUGUAGGCUAUGGUUUUGGUUUUGUUUUGGUUCAUG